GAGAGAAAUGAGGUCACUUUUGCUUAUGAUUCUGUUCCUGUCAGAAGAGCUUUUGAAACUGGCAAAGGCAUCCCGUAGUUCAUAUCUCAAACAAUGGAGUUUUGAGCUUGAAGAGCUUUGCAUUUUACAAACGAGACUGCUCCAAUAUGCAAAAUGGGUGAUCUUCAUAGCCAAUAUGAAAACUUGCGUCUUUUCUACUACAUAAGCACAGAUGUUGUCUUUUCUGGAAUAUAAAAGAAAAAAAAAUGGGCAAUAAAAGCGCAUAAUUCUGAAGUAGAUGAAUCCGGGAUUCUGAGUGGGGAAGGAGCAGAAGAGAAGCGAAGCAUUUUCACAACUGGGCUGAUCAUUCAGAAGAGCUGGCUGAUUGUAUGCUUCUUCUGAUGUGCCGCCAUUGUGAUGGAUUCUCUCAUAAUGGAUGCAGAAAAACUGGGCCAAUCGUAGAGGAAAACAAGAACGAUGGUGAUUUUCUUUGCUUAAAUUCUUCUAGGGCCUUUCCCCAGAUAUCAACUGUUAGAACGAUGCCCGAAGCUUCAAAAUAUAAUGUGGUAUACACGAGAAGAAAACUGCGAGGCAAUUCUGAUUCCAGGUUGUGGGCUAUUGAGACAGAUUGUAUAUCUUUGAUUAGUUGCGAUGGUCAACAAGCUGCAGCUUCUCGACAUAACCACAAAAGGAAAAUUGUUGGUAAUGUUGUCCCUUCUUUUCCUGUUUACGAUGGAAAAACUCGAGUUUCAGAAUGGGAAUCGGUCGAUGGUUGUACGAUUGGGGACGGGCAUGGUUCUGACAGAAGGCUUAAUAAUGGCCUGCAAAAAAGUUUGGAGGUUGAUAGCAUAAAUGAUAGCUGCUCGUCAUCUAAGUCGAACAUGGAACUUGUUUCGACUUCGAAGAAAGUUGAAGUGGAUGACACGGGUGAGUGCUCCUCUUCUAGUAUUCGAGUUAUGGAGGAUAUGGAGGAGGAUAUAUCAGGAAGAGAUCUAUGCAUCUCUAUCCUUAGAAGCAAUGGGCUUUUGUCUUCUAUGGCUCAUGCUUCUGAGGAAGAAAGUGAUUUUAGAAGCGAAAAUAAUUGUUUUCGAUUGUGCAAAACUUGUGGCUCUUCGGAUUCAGUCUUGAAGAUGUUAAUUUGUGAUCAUUGUGAAGAUGCAUUUCACGUCUCGUGUUGCAAUCAUCGCAUGAAGAAAGUGUUGAAUGAUGAGUGGUAUUGCAAUUCAUGUCUGAAGAAGAAUCAUAAAAUUUUGAAGGACGUCAUUAUGAAGAAAUUGGCGAACACCUCGAGUAGAAAUGGAUAUUCUAAGGGCGAAUCAAAUUCUGUUGCAUUGAUGUUGAAGGACACGGAACCUUAUACAACUGGUGUUCGGAUUGGCAAAGGUUUUCAAGCAGAAGUCCCAGAUUGGUCUGGCCCGAUUUCAGAUGAUAAUGAUGCCAUCGGUGAGCGACUGGAAAUGCAUCCUUCAGAACCUUUGCUAAUGCAUGAGCUGAGUACCAAUAAACCUUGUAGAUCGAGCACUAUCGGAAAUUGGCUUCAAUGUCAACAAGUUAUGAACGGAGUGGGCGGUGUUAAUUCAACCAUUUGUGGCAAGUGGCGCAGGGCUCCUCUUUUCGAAGUCCAGACUGAUGACUGGGAAUGCUUCUGCUCCAUGCUUUGGGAUCCAACACAUGCUGAUUGUGCUGUACCUCAGGAACUGGAAACGGUUCAAGUUUUAAAGCAGUUGAAGUACAUUGAGAUGUUGAGGCCUCGGUUAGCUUCCAAAAGACGGAAAUUGGAUGAGACCAAGAGCAGAAGUGAUGUUCAGAACCUUACAGAACACAAAACUUGAUAUGGAAGUAUAGUUUCAUGGGCUUUGGGGUGUGAUUUUGACAGCAGAAGUGUUGGAACUAGAGAAGUUUGGAUUGUCUCUCUACCAAAAUCACGUCUAUGCCUAGAGUAUUGAAAAUGUCUCAAAAUGUACUAUAAAGGGAGGCAUGCUGUCAGCUCUCCACCAUCCCUAGGCCCUGUGGCCUAAGCAAGCUACCUGUGGUACAUGCGUGGGUCAUAGUGAGGGCGAGCAUGCCGAGAUGAAUGUCUCGAGCGACCUCCUUUAAAAUAGGUCGUAAGGGAAAGACAAAAAUAUAUAGGAUGAUGGAGUGUAAUGCCUUCAAAUGGAGGAGUUGCUUGUCUUGCUAAUAUAGCAAGUAUUGAAGGUAUUGUAUUUAUUUGUUAUUUCCC